AUGGACAGAGGAGGGGAGAGUCCCAUCACCCAGGACAGCCCUGAGCGGAGGGGGGGCAGCCCCGACCUCAGCGGCCUCCCCCCCCCAGGGAAGAAGGGCCGCUUCGAGCUCAACGGGAGCCCCCCCGGACCCCGCCUGCGCCACAACGGAGCGCCGCUGAGGCCCCUGGGAGGUCUGAUGAUCCCGGUGUUCUGCGUGGUGGAGCAGGCGGACGGAGGGAAUCAGACGGACGGGUGCGAUGGGAGGGACGAGCACGCCGAGUUCGUGCUGGUCAGGAGAGACAUCCUCUUCUCCCAGCUGGUGGAGACGGCUCUGCUCGCACUGGGAUACUCCCACAGCUCCGCGGCUCAAGCCCACGGCAUCAUCAAGGUGGGACGGUGGAACCCGCUGCCCAUCCACUUCCUGUCCGACGCUCCCGAGGCGACCGUGGCCGACAUGCUGAUGGAGGUUUACCACAUGGUCACGCUACGUAUCCAGCUGCAAAGCUUCUCGAAGCUGGAGGACCUUCCCUGUGAGCAGUGGAACCACGCCACCGUCAGGAACGCUCUCAAAGAGCUGCUGAAGGAAAUGAACCAGAGCACUCUGGCCAAAGAGUGUCCUCUAUCACAGAGUAUGAUCUCCUCCAUCGUGAAUAGCUCUUACUACGCCAACGUCUCCACGGCCAAGUGUCAGGAGUUCGGACGCUGGUACAAGAAGUACAAGAAGAUCAAAGUCGAUUACCUGGAGAAGAUGUGGUCGGGACGAGACGCUGCCGACAUCAAAAUCGAGCGAGACAACAUGGCCGACUUCUGCGUGCUGGGGCAGAGACCCCCCCCCCACCUGGCGGGCCUGGCCCAGCUCGGUCACAUGGGCGCCGGCAGCCCGCUCCUCAAAGCUGCGUCCGGAGACCUGACCUCUCAGCCCCUCCAGCAGGCUCCGCCCCCCCAGCAGCAGCCCUCGCCACACGGCGCCCAUCACCACAGCCCUCCUCUGCGCUCGGGCCAGGUGCCUCCUCCUCCGCCGCCGCCCCCCCCGCCCGGCGCCAUGCAGCCCCUGCUGGGCCCAGGCGGGCUGCUGUCGCCUCAACUGUCCCCGCAGCUGGUCCGCCAGCAGCUCGCCAUGGCGCACCUCAUCAACCAGCAGCUCGCCGUGAGCCGCCUGCUGGCCCACCAGCACCCGCAGGCCCUCAACCAGCAGUUCCUCAACCACCCGCCCAUCCCCAGGGGCUUGUCCAAAGCCGGCGACCAUCCAGGGAGCAACCCCUCGGCCGCCGAAGUCUCCUCUGAAAUCUACCAGCAGGUCAGAGACGAGCUGAAGAGAGCUAGUGUCUCCCAGGCCGUGUUCGCCCGUGUGGCUUUCAACCGCACACAGGGUUUGCUGUCAGAGAUCCUGAGGAAGGAGGAGGACCCUCGCACGGCGUCCCAGUCGCUGCUGGUCAACCUGAAAGCGAUGCAGAACUUCCUCAACCUGCAGGAGGUGGAGCGAGACCGGAUCUACCAGGAGGAGAGAGAGAGAACCAUGAACCCCACGGUCGGCCUCCCGGCCUCCAACUCCUCCAACCCCGGACCGCCACGCCUCUCACAGAAAGUGUGGGAGAGGAGCCUGGACGACCAGAUAACCCCUGAUACCUGGGCCUCCAUCUGGAAGAACAAGACUAAGAUCUCCAACUCGCCCAAACCGUCGUGUCCGGCCGCCGAGCUCCCGCUGAAGCUGGAGUCGCUGGUGAACAUCACGUCGGGCGUCUACGAUGAGAUCCAGCAGGAGAUGAAGAGAGCGAAGGUUUCCCAGGCGCUGUUCGCCAAGGUGGCCGCCAACAAGAGUCAGGGUUGGCUGUGCGAGCUGCUGCGGUGGAAGGAGAACCCGAGCCCGGAGAACCGCACGCUGUGGGAGAACCUGUGCACCAUCCGCAGGUUCCUGGCGCUGCCGCAGCCCGACAGAGACCUGGCGUACGAGGAGGAGUCGAGGCACCAUCACUCCGAGAGGCUGCACACCGUGCUGCACCUGCCACAGGAGACACAGCUGUUCUGUCUUUCUCGUCAGGCACUCCACCGGCCGCCCCCGGUGCCGAUGAAGGAGCACCGCCUGUCUCCGAUGCGUGAGGAGCCGUUACCCCCCCCGGGGAACGAGGACUGCCCACAGAACCUGGGCUCAGGACCGGGCGGGUGUCCCGGGUCGGUCGGCAGCGCCGGGAGCAACAAGAAGCCACGAUCACGCACCAAGAUCUCCCUGGAGGCCCUGGGGAUGCUGCAGAGCUUCAUCCAGGACGUGGGCCUGUACCCGGACCAGGAGGCCAUCCACACCCUGUCGGCCCAGCUGGACCUGCCCAAGCACACCAUCAUCAAGUUCUUCCAGAACCAGCGCUACCACGUCAAGCACCACGGCCGCCUGAAGGAGCUGUGUGAGGGGGCCGCCGCCAGCGGGGGGGUGGACGUCAGCGAGUACAGAGAAGAGGAGCUGCUGUCGGGCUCCGAGGACCCGGAGUCCAGUGAGGACGGCGCUGAGGACCUCUACCCGUCCACAGAGGGGAACGCCGGGAGCACAGGAGGUCUGAACCAGCCGUCAGCCUCCUCCGGCUCCGGCCAGGCGUCCUCAGGAGCCACCGGGGGUCAGGAGGACGGGAAGGACAAGGGACACAGCCGGCCGGGGGGGCACAUGGCCCCCGGGAGCUCCUCCUCCAGUCCCAGAGAGCCGGCCGACUACCAGAGGUAG